AUGGUAGGGAAAGUCAGUGAGAGGGUUCUCCUUCGGGAGGGCCUGGAGAGGACCGACAAUGGCAUGAAGCAGACCAGCUGGCCGGAUGUCACGCCGAUUAAUCAGAAGAACUACUACACGGACUACAUGAAGCGCGAUGACCAAAUUCUCGCUUUGCGACUCCAAGGCGAUGCCACUCGCGACAGAAUUGUUCAAGCUGCUAAGGACAGAGAUCGUGCUCUUGCGCAAAGUGGCCGCGCCGAAGUCCCUCUUGUCAUACCCGAACUUCAACCUGAUGAAGCACCUGCCGAUGCGACCGCCGGCCUCGACCCCUCCAAGGUCAUUGUCAUUCAUCCUGGUAGUCAGAACCUUCGAAUUGGCUUCGCUAGCGACGCACUCCCGAAAUCGAUUCCCAUGACACUUGCAACGAAGUUUCCUCAGACCGAGGCGGAGAUGCAUGAAGCACUUCCCCGCCGACAUUUCGAAGCGAAGACACAAGACCAACAAUAUGGCGAGGAGUGGUCAAAGAAGUACACCAAAAUGUGCAGCGACCUCAAGUUGGAGAUGCGCGCAAACAAGCGCAAGGUUCUGCCCAAUUCCAAGGAGCUAGUCUUGAACUACAACCGCAGGACCGAACCGGAGAUCAUCCAGACACACAACGACCCCCUGCAAAUCGACUGGACCGACACCAACAACCUGGAAGAUCCUAAAUCAUCGGCAUCUUGUUUCAUUGGGCAUCAAGCGCAAAGAGUUCCAGAUGAUUCUCAACCAAAAUUCAAGCUCUGGUGGCCUAUCCAGCAUGGACUCCUGAACGAAGAUGAGUACCUGAAUGCUGAACACCUGUUUGACGAUUUCGAGACUCUACUCGACAAGGCUAUCAGACAGGAGCUUGGUCUGACCAAGAACAGCACAUGGAGACAGUACAGCUGCGUUUUUGUCAUUCCCGACCUCUACGACAAGAAGUAUGUGGAGCAGGUGCUCAGAUCUUGCAUGACAUGGUUCGAGUUCAAUCGGGUAUGCUUUAUUCAGGAAGGCAUGGCUGCCACGUUCGGUGCGGGCUACACUCAGGCCUGCGUCGUCGAUGUUGGGGCGCAAAAGACAUCCAUCACCUGCGUUGAAGACGGCCUCUGCGUGGAAGACUCUCGGAUCAACUUGAAGUACGGUGGGUUCGACGUGACCGAGACCUUCGUCAAGAUGCUGCUCUACGACAACUUCCCCUAUCAAGACAUCAAUCUCAUGAGGCGACAUGACUUCCUACUAGCGGAGGAGCUCAAGAUGAAACAUUGCACGAUGUCGCAAGCGGACAUCUCUGUCCAGUUGUAUCAAUUCCAUUUGCGAGCCCCAAACCAACCAACGCACAAGUACCAGUUCAAGACUUAUGACGAGGUCAUUCUAGCUCCCAUGGGCUUCUAUGAUCCGGCCAUCUUCGACAAUAGCGCCAAGUUGAGAGGCCGGCGGAAGUUGCUUGACCGAUCUUACAACGCCUACGACGUGGACAUCCCAGAUGAUCCGACCUCCGCAGCACAGUUUGGAAUCCUGGCCCUCGUCAAGCCAUCAUUAAACUCAACGCCUACCAAUGGCUUCACCCAAUCGCAGAACGAUGUAUCGACGCCAGUGAAGGAAAGGCUACAGCCAUUUGACUUCCUGAAGCGGGGCGAGAACGGCAUCAACGGCACUCCCUCUGGAUCUAACGCUCCUUCACCGGCGCCGGAGGGUGUCAGCACGCCGGUGGCUGCCCCUUUCGUGUUUGGCGGAAGCAAGGAGGGCAUCAACGGAGGAAGCCCAGCCCCCCCGGCGAGGAAUGGCGGUACACCGGGCCCGAACGGCACUACCGCCCCACAGCCUCCCCCGGGCAUGUUCGUUGACGCUUCUGCGCGCAGCGCCAAAGCCAUCGCAAUCGAACGCGACGGUGUUCUGCCGACCGCGCCGUUGGAUCUUGCUAUUCUGACCAGCAUUUACAACGCAGCAAAGGGUGAUGACAAGAAGCUGCGUGAUUACCUGGGCAGUAUCAUGGUCAUUGGAGGCGGUUCGAAGACACCCCAGUUUACUGUCGUGCUCGAGGAGAAACUCAAGGCACGGCGACCUGACCUUUUCGAUCGCAUUUUAGUCAGUCGAAGUGCCAGGGAUAUGGACGAGCAGGUUGUGACUUGGAAGGGGGCCAGCGUCUUUGCCAAACUCCCGGCCAACGACUCUUGGGUCACGCCUUUCGAGUUCGAACGGCUCGGUGCUCGCGUGCUGCACCACAAGGUGCUCUGGUCAUGGUAG